ACAAAUAAAAUGGCGACUGACCAAGUGAAAAACCGCAUGCAUGUAUUCAAGAACACUGGAAAAGAUGUCGAUGAAAUGCGCAGGCGGAGGAACGAAGUGACAGUUGAACUAAGAAAGAAUAAAAGAGAAGAAACUUUACAAAAACGUCGUAAUGUGCCUAUCAACGACUCUACAGACGAAGAUGAGAUUGAGAGGACGUUGGCUUCCACGAACCUCAAAGAGUUGGUGAUGAAUGCAGCCAACGCCGAGAAUCCUGAAUUUCAGUUGGCAGCUGUACAGCAAUGUAGGAAACUACUCUCAUCGGACAAGAGUCCACCUAUAGAUGAACUAAUAAUGAACGGCAUCCUUCCCAUCUUAGUGCAAUGCCUUUCACGAGCAGAUAAUCCCACCCUACAGUUUGAAGCAUCCUGGGCUCUCACCAAUAUAGCAUCUGGUACAUCAGCACAAACAAAUAAAGUGGUCCAUGCUGGUGCAGUGCCACUGUUCUUGCAGCUACUAAUGUCUCCACAUGAAAAUGUUUGUGAGCAGUCAGUGUGGGCUUUAGGAAACAUCAUUGGUGAUGGACCUGUGCUGCGUGAUUUUGUCAUAGAAAUGGGAGUUGUGAAGCCUCUAUUGAGCUUUAUCAAACCAGAGAUUCCUAUUUCUUUCCUACGUAAUGUUACUUGGGUUAUCGUCAAUUUGUGCAGGAGUAAAGAUCCACCACCACCAGCCAAAACAAUCUUAGAAAUUCUUCCUGCUCUCAAUGUGCUGAUUGUACACAGUGACACAAGUAUUUUAGUUGAUACAGUUUGGGCCAUCAGUUAUCUAACGGAUGGUGGCAACGAACAGAUCCAGAUGGUGAUAGAAUCCGGUAUUGUGCCAAAACUGAUACCGUUACUCUCACAUAAGGAAAUGAAGGUGCAGACGGCUGCUUUGAGGGCUGUCGGAAAUAUUGUCACUGGUACCGAUGAACAAACGCAAGUUGUGCUCAACUGUGAUGCACUUUCACACUUCCCUGCAUUAUUGACACAUCAGAAAGAGAAAAUCUGCAAAGAAGCAGUGUGGUUCUUAUCAAACAUCACGGCUGGUAACAAGCAUCAGGUGCAGGCAGUUAUAGAUGCUGGUCUCCUACCCUUGAUCAUUGAGAACCUACGGAAGGGCGAGUUCCAGACACAAAAGGAAGCGGCUUGGGCCGUCUCCAACCUUAGUAUCAGUGGCACUAAAGAACAGGUCGCUACGCUUAUCAACUGUGGCGUCAUACCACCAUUCUGCAAUUUGCUGAGCUGCAAAGAUACGCAAGUUAUCAAUGUGGUGCUAGAUGGUUUGAGCAACAUGUUGAAGAUAGCCGGCGAGAACGCCGAACAGGUAGCCAACAUGAUCGAGGAGUGUGGGGGCAUUGACAAGAUUGAAGCGCUUCAGAGUCACGAGAAAAUCGAAAUAUACAAGAUGGCCUAUGACAUCAUUGAGCAAUACUUUGCUGGAGAGGAGGAGGAUGCGACAUUAGUUCCAGCGGCGGCGGAGACGGCGUUCCAGUUCGAGCCGGCGGCCGGUGCGGGCCCACACGACGGGUUCCGCUUCUAGCGCGCGACUCCGCUCUGGGCCCGUGACCCUGGCACGCGGGACCACUCGCCACCGCCGCAGUGGGCCCGCGGACCACUCGCGCGGGACGACCCGCUACUCUACCGCAUCGAAGUGCACGCUCGACCUCACUAGCGCUCUCGGUCGCCUACUCGACUGGUCGGACGAUACUGCCGACGAUCGGUUCUAUUUUGUACCUAUCUAUAUAUUUACAAUCAAUUUAAUCUUAAUUUACUUAUUCUGCAACGCUGUGGACAUUCGCCGAUAUUUAUGGAUUAGCUGCAUCGGAUCUUCUAAUAAAAUGAAUCUGUCCCGGCUUUGUGAUCUUCCGCGACCUUCGAAGUUUUCUUCGGAACGGCCGGUUAUUUGAUUAGGUCGCCAGGCCAGAGAGGGCUAGUGAGGCAGCCGCGGCGUCCGGUGUGUACGCGCCUUUAUAUUAGUGCAAGUGCGGUCGCCUCGUGAAGUGUCGUUAUAAGACUAUUGUGAUGUUUGAAAGUGUUUUCAUCUUUGUUUUUUUCGAUUUCGUAAUGUAAUUGACGGACGACGGGCGCGAAGUGGGCGGCUUCCGUGCGUACGGACGCGUACGCGAGCGAUGUACUCCGCUUCAUAUCGAUGCUUUUGAUAAUAAUAUAACAUAGUAUUUAUGUUUCGAUUUUAACUCCAAAUGUAAUAUCGUCGAAGACUUCAGGACUAGGAUGGACACCCAUAAUUUACGGUAUAAAAAUUAUGUUCUGACAUUAAACCCAUUUGUAUCUAUAUACCAAUAAAUUCUGUCCAAUAU